AAUAAAAAAAAUAAAGUCAUCUUUCAUCAUGCGAUGUUAUGUAUCCAUGGUGGUAUAUAUAUCAUGGUAUGUGAAGUAUUUCUUAGAAGCUGUAUCCACACUCCUAAGUUUAUUGCACUUUACAGUAUUGUUUAAUUUCUUCACCUAUGGAAACUUCUCAUUCAGGCUAUUUUCAGUGAUCAGGGACAUGUAUAUGUACACUGAGAUGCAGCCCUAAAUGCACACAAGCAGGUGCACAGGCGACACACCUUCUUAGCGUUCCUAUUCUGUCUGAGUAGGAAGGAAUCGGGUAAUUUAAUUCUUGCACCCAGAGCAUGCACAGCUGCACACGCAUUCUUAAACAUGCUGGUAUGGUUGUCGGAUUCUAAAAACACAGUUCACACCCAGACAGGUGAUGUGAAAAGUACGUUGUCUCCAUUUCACAGGACGUCAUAGCUGUGACCUCUUAAAUGACCCUUGGCAUUGAAGUUAAAACAUGGACCUGUUGGCUCUCCCUGUGUUCACGAGACACUCAUGUGCCAUUUCCUUCAGCCCCCUUAUUUAUGGGCGUUCCAGCCUCACUGCUGUAUAACCCGAGGCUGUGAAGCCUCAGCUGUCAGGAUCCUAAUACCUCUGUGAGGACUGUCUGCCAGUGUGUACAGUAGUAAGCUGUGUGCUUUGGUGCUCGCCUUUUAGGCACCAUCAGAGGUCUCAUCAGCAAAGCAAAAGUUGCGGAUGAUACUUUUUAACCUUCUAGAAGCUCAGCUAACUCGUAUAUAUAGAAAUGAUCAAGAAAAGAUCAAUGUAUAGCUUAAUGGAUCCAGAAGCUCAAAAAGAGAAAAGAAAGGCUAAUGACGACGAGAAAGUGGUUGCAGAGAUCAUGCAGAGAUGUUUCGUUCCAACUUUGAUAACAACCACCUGCUGGGAGGGAUUUCAUUUUGUUGGUCAUGAGAUUCGGAUUACUGAAGCCAUGGAUUGCUAUGGUGCUGUUGUUUGGCCAUCGGCCCUUGUUCUCUGCUACUUUCUGGAAACAAACGUAAAGCAGUAUAACAUGGUUGACAAAAAUGUGAUUGAAAUCGGAGCUGGAACUGGGCUCGUCUCCAUUGUGGCCAGUUUACUGGGUGCACACGUGACGGCCACAGAUUUACCUGAGUUACUGGGGAAUCUGCAAUACAAUCUUUCCCGAAACACCAAAAUGAAAUGCAAGCACUUGCCUCAGGUGAAAGAACUCUCCUGGGGCGUGGCUUUAGACAAGAACUUCCCCAGGUCGUCCAACAGCUUUGACUACAUCCUGGCCGCCGACGUGGUCUAUGCGCACCCCUUCCUGGAAGAGCUCCUGCUCACCUUCGAGCACCUGUGCCGAGAAACCACCGUCAUCCUCUGGGUCAUGAAAUUCAGGCUGGAAAAGGAAAACAGAUUUGUAGAUAGAUUUCAGGAGCUCUUUGACCUGGAGGAGAUUUCCAGUUUCCCUAGCCUGAAUAUUAAGUUGUUUAAAGCCACGAAGAAAAAUCGGAGGAAUGCGUGAUAUCCUCAAAGGAAGACUUGGCAAGUGGAGGCAGUUUCCGGUAGAUUAUGGCUUUAACAAAGAUCCUGGAUAAUCUGAUGUAGCACUGACUUUCCCCAGGGGAAACACACAUAUACACACACACACACACACACACACACACACGCACGCACGCACGCACGCACACACACACACCCCUCACCUCAGACAGGGAUUUUUCCCAGGUUCAGCCCGGGGGUGCUAGGGGAUGGCUACGCCGUUCCGUGUGCUAAUUGGUUAGGACAACGUCUGCUUUCCUUCUCUUUCUAGAGCCCCAUUUCUACUUAUUCUCAUUUUAAUAGUGCCAAGAUUGUUCCUGUUCAUGUGUAACUGUACAAUAAGGGCUUUUAAUCUAAAAUAUAUUCAACAUAAGCUUAUGUGAGUCUCUCGUUGGAAAUAAAGAAAUGGACUACAGCGGGCUUUGCAAAUAAAGCUGAAAAGGCAGACCGCGAGUGUGAUGGUCAGUGCGAGAUUGUCGUGGUGUCAGGAGCGCCAGCGUGUCGGACUCUGCCUUCUCUGCUUGGCAGGAGGGUCUCCAACAGAACCUCUGAAAUCAAUCAAGCUGGUGGAUUGGAGGUUACGGGCAAGGACAUUUCACGCUAGUAAAUGAAAAAUGAAUGGAAGAAAGCAAAAAAGUUGUGAUUUUGGAGGCGUUAUUGUCUUAUUUUUAAGCCAAGUACAGUUAUUCUGUAAUCGCAGAAACAGAAAUAAAUAUAAAAAUUUAGGUUGAAAAUACACAUGAAAAGAUUUCAGCUUCUAAUCUCAAAGAACCAGACAGAUGGCUAGUUUUAAGGUUUAAAGCUCUUCUGAUGAACACAUAGAGACCUAAAUAUUUGAAAUCCUGUGUGAUUGUUUUUUCAGAAGGACCUCAGAGAUUAGAAUAAAGUCUGAAGUUACUGAAAUUUGUGCAGAGAGCAAAAUAGUAGGAUUUUGUACCAUGGAGCAGGACUGGGGUGGUUCGUAACUCUUGAGAGUUCUUACUGAUGUUUGUUAGGCUGGCUCUGUGCCUUGGGGGUGGUAGUUGCUCAGCCCUUUCUGUUUUGCUGGAAGUUCUUGGUCUACUCUGGGUGGAGCAGAGCUGAAACGAUUAUUUCCUAGGACUCUGACAUUUAAGCCAGGAUGCAAAUGUACACUCCCAGUGGGUUUUUUGGAAUGCACAGUUCGUGGGGUCAGCUCUCAAGAACAACCAGUGUUUACGCCCCUUUGUAGUUCUUAUAGCCCGAAAUGUACAUAAGGUCAAUUAAUCCUCACGGCCAUUCUGAGAGUCUGUGUAAUAUCCUUCUCUCCACACAGAUAAAGAAGCUGAGACUGCAGGGUUCGCGGGGUCCCUGCUCCAAAUCCGCACAGCCUCGGGGUGGCAUGGCUGGCACGCAGGUCUGAGUCCAGAGCCCGUGGGCAUUUUUGUUUUGUGUUGUUUUGUGUUUUUUUGCCAUUGCUCUGCCUUCGUGUAUCUAAACCAGUACUUUUCAGACUCUUUUGUGAGUGAAGCCAUUUCUUCCAAGUCAAUCUCUGGAAAGGUAAGCCGAGGCACUAGGAAAAGAUGAAAAUCUUUUCCUCUAUUUCCGUCCUAAUCGGGUGCUCAGGGCAGGCUCGUGUGGAAGGUGACUUUGAAGCCGAGCCGCAAGGAGGUGAGGGAAGCAGCCCUGCGGGCAUCUGGGGAGGUGUGAUCCAGGCAGAAGGGACAGCCGUGCGGCCACCUCAGAGCAGGGGCACACUGGUCCUUGGGGUGGAACGUGGAAGGCGGAUGAGCUGGGAGCAGGGGUGCUCGGGGAGGCCGGGGGACACCGCGUGGGAGCGGCUGGCGGGGGCUGAAUCGGUUGGGACCUUCGGGGUGGGCUGGGCUCUCCGGACACCGACCCUGAGGUGGCAUGUGAUGUGCAGGUCGGUUGUAGGGCGUGUCAUUGGGAUCAAGGCCCGGGAAGGAGCAGAAGGAAGCAGGGCGGAAGCAGAGGUUGAGCUGCAGUGCAGGCCCAGCCAUAGCCUCAGGACCCCCGAUGGGGCUCUGGACCUAGGGUGGCCUUUCAGGGUCGCCCGGGGUUGGGGCGAGAUGGCUGAGCCUGGAUAACCCCUGUCGCUCAGUCCCUGGACUGGCUGCCCUGGAAGGCAGUGACCUUGGGGGAGGUGACUCCCCUGGGUGAGGUGUCUGCCAGCAGCUCUGCCAUCGGCGAGGUGCUUAGUCCCUCUGAGAGCCUGGGCAGCACAGCACGAUGUGCCAGGACCUCAAGGCCAUGGCAAGGACUUCAGCUUUUCCUCCAGGGAAGUGGAGAAGCUCUGGACAGUUUGGAGUAAGGCCCAUCUGGCUGACGUUUCUAGAAACCAUGGGCAAAAGGACCAGCUGGGGAGGCUGGCUGGGGUUAGGAGGCAGUGGGGUCUGUGGCUGGAGGGGGUGACAAGUGAUCAUUUCCAGAUGAGUCUGGAGGCCAAAGCCAGCGGACAGUCUGGCCGUGUUGAAUGUGAGCACGAGGACAGGCUGGCUCUGGCUUGUUUGGUCCGAGCUGCUGGACGCAACAUCAGCGGUUGGCUGAGGGUGGCUGGUGAAGUUCACACAGGGAGCAGGUUGGAGCCCUGAGGUCGCCAACAGUGAAAUCACACACAGCUGUGUCUGAGGUUAUUUUUGUUUGUUUUCUGUUUGUUCUUUUUUUGAAAUUCUGCCAGCCUUUCCCCGAAUUAUGUUAGGAUCUAUUGACUCUGAAAGAAUUUACCACCCCCUUGGUUUUGAACUGGUCAGCCCAGUUCUAAGCUUCCUAAACUUCCUAAGCCACCCAGAGGCUUCUAGGAGUGUUUCAGGGGCAACAGCAAGAAUCUUGGGGUAACAAGUGAAAAAAAAAGGCUCCUCUGCUAAAGAAUGUCUGAAGAGCCUAGGAAGCUAUUUUUAGGCAGCAUGGAUCAAGUGUCCUUUCACACACUGUUGGGACUGAGCAGCCAUACGGUUCUUUACAUCCUCUUUCUCUGAGUGUCAGUCUGUCAAACACAAUGUUCAAUAGCCAUUGUUUCCCUCUUAUUUUUUUUAGCAGUCACUUGCAAAUUUUAACACCCACCCACAGACCCUGUGUCACUCCUGCUUCACUCUGCCUGUUUGUCUGCUUUUAUCUUUUUGCUGUCGUUUCUCCACACUUUUCUAGAUUCGAUUUUACACUAAUUUGAAUUCCAAAAGAUGUAGUUUGAGGAGCUUUUUCCUGUCUUACGGUUUUAGUGGUUUUUUUUUUUUUUUUUUAUGGUCAGGAAUUGAUGUGUUAACUUUAAUCCAAGGGCUGUGAAAUUUGCCUUUCCUCCUCCCGGCCUCCCUCCCUCCCUUCCUCUCCCCUUCUCCACUCCCUCCCUCUCUGUUUCUCACUCUCUUCUUUCCUCCCUUCCUUUCCUUCUUUUGCUUUUUUUUUUUUUUUUUUUUUCCUUAACAACUAUGCCUCUGAAAAUCUUGGUCCAGCAUUUGCCAUAACUUUCUGCGUUUCUGAUGAAUAAAGAACCUGGCUGUCAAGGUUUUAAUCGAGAUUAUCACAGAAGAGUUCCUGCUUCACAGCAGACACACCAACUUGCUGAUGAUACUCCUGUAGCUUCAAGUUUACAUGUUCCAUACGUGGCACCGUGAGAGUUUUUUCUCCCCAGGCUGUCUCAGCUGACUUUAGGAAACGCCCGUACUGUAUGAAAAGCGUCUGUCUUAUUAGCAUUUACCGAUCUAUCCUACUCCGAUUUGUACCAGUUUUUGUUGGCCAGGAUUGUAAAACAUUGGUUUUCAUUCCAUAUUUAUAUUUGGUUCUCUUUUUGGAUAAAGGAUUGUGUUGGGGAACUUCCUAAGCAAUUUGGAGCCAAAUAGCAUAAAGAAAAAAGACGAGGCAACACAUCAGAAUGAAAUGUUCCUGUGUUUUUUCCCCUUUAAAUCCCCAGAUUCCAGAAGCUUGCAGCUCUGUGAAUACCCGAUCUUUAUAGACAGAGACCCUGCCCAGCUUGCUUUAAGCAGUGCCAUUGGUAUAAGAGCAGAUAAGUAAUUUCUGAAUAUCCUUUGAUAGAAAAACAUGCCCACUGGUAAGAUUUUGAUACAAGAAAAAAAUUUACAUGUACUAAGUUUGAAAACAGGCUGCAUACCUUGGGUUCUAGAAACAAAAGAAUUAAACUUGAAAGUAAGCUUAUUGCUAAGUUUCGAAGAAAAUUAGUUAUAUUGUGCCUCUUCUUUCAAUUCCAUUUUAACUUAGUUUUCAUGGAAAUCUGCACAUAGAGGAAGUAAAAAUUGUCAAAGAUGUGCAUUUUUCUACCAAAUGAUAAGGCAAUACUACACAAAAUUGGGCAUGCAACAGGUAAAUACUUUCGCAAAGUGUAGGGCACGCGGACAAAGCAAAAUUUAAAAAAUCACAGAUAUUUGUGAGUGUGUCUCUGUGUGGACCUAAUUCUUAUGUUUUCUUUGUGGAGCCUAGAAAUAGUUCCCACGUGAUUUCCACAUCCAGGCUUUGGCAUUCUUGAGUUCGUGAUGUGAAAUUAAGUCUAGAGCAUUUACCCGCAAGUCUAAUUUCAGUAUUUGCUGUGCUCAUAAUCGAAGAGUGUUGAUAUGAUCCUGUGAUCAUGUUAAAGGGACAGUUGUGUCUUAGGUGGCCUUAGUCAGCAUCCAUUAGUUCUGUGGUCAUAACUGACUCCUUUUACUAAGAGCUCUAGGGCCAGACAUACAUGCUUAUUCAUGUAUGUCUGGGUAUGGCUGGGUCCUGUUCAGAUAACGCCGCCGCACAGACGGCUCACUGCCUGUUCUGUCAAACUAACCUUUGGCCUCCAUCAUCAGACAGUGCUUACACUGGGAACGCUGGAAGGCAGCAGCUCUUCCUCUCAAUUCUCUCAAUUUCUUUGUUUCUCAGGCAGUUGUCUUUCCUUGAAAUCAAAUCAGGUUUUAGAAUUGGCACUCAACCAUCAAGGAAGUUAAAAGCAUCACUAAAAAUGAAAACAGAUGUCCAGGUCAAUUUUUUUUUUUUUUUGCUAAAUGGCAUUAAUAGAAAAAAAAAAAAAGAGAGAAGGAAAAUAUUGGAUAUCUGUUGCCAGUCGUUAACACUUUACCAAAGUAUAUUGUUUGAUCUUCUAAACAAAAGCACAAGUGGCAAAAGAUUAAAAUAAGGCAUAUAAAGUAUUUUAAAGGCUAGACAUUAUUUCAUAAGUACAAAAGAUAUAGGACAAAAGGCAUUUGGUGAAUGCUAGAUUUUGUAGCUUAGGUUUUGAAAAUAUCCCUGUUUUCAUUGUCCUCAGUCUAUGUGUCUGUCCCCUUCUUGGUUUUGAUUUUAAAUGAUCAGUCAGCUCCUUACCUUCACUGGAUUUUUUUUUAAGUGUCAUGAUUUAAUUUGGGCUUUCUUAUCUAGUGCCGUGAUUUAAUUUGGGUCUCUUAUCUCUUUCUGUGUUUCCUUUGUUGGAAGAGUAUAAAUCACAAUGGCAAAGGUUGCCUCUUUGUUCCAAACCAUCAUAAAUAAGCCCAAAGAACAGGCCAUAAAAAUGGAAGAAAUUCUUAGAUUAAAGACCGUGAGUAAUGUUUUUACCCACUUGAUGUUCACAGGUAAAAGUACAGUUUGCAACUAGUAAAUUAUUAACACUUUUCUCCCAAGGAUUUCCUCCUUCCUUAGGACUUCUAUGAUUAAUAUAUAGUCAAUUUAAGAAUUAGAAGGGUGUCAAACAGGGUAAGCAUAUUUUAUAAUUAUGUAUUCAAAGCAGAAUGGAGGACUAAUUAUAAUAUUAUACAAUUAUGCAAUCAUAUAGUUAUAUAAUUAUACAAUUAUUCUAAUGAAUAUAAUAGGUAAUAAGAAUGUGGAGUUCCCACUGUGGCUCAGUGGAUUAAGAACCCAACUAGUAUCCAUGAGGAUGUGGGUUCCAUCCCUGGCCUCACUCACUGGGUUAAGAAUCUGGUGUUGCCAUGAGCUGUGGUAUAGGUUGCAGAUGUGGCUUGGGUCUGGUGUGGCUGUGGCUGUGGCUGUGGCAUAGGCCCACAGCUGUGGCUCUGAUUCCACCCCUAGCCUGGGAACUUCCAUUUGCCGCAGGUGGCCCUACAAAGAAAAAAAAAAAAAAAAGAAUGUGCAGUAUUUUUAGGGUGAGGGGAGCAAAGUGCCAGAACUGCUGGGAACAGAUUUCAUAUUUUUUUUUGAAGGUAAUUCAAGGAAGCUGAAAGGCAAUUUUAAGAAUGCAAAAAUAGCUAAUGCAGCUACCUUUUAUGUUCCUGGUGGUGUAUUUUUUUCUUCUCUAGGAAGCUAUCUAAUGGCUGUCAUUCAUUCAGUAUUUAUUGGAAUCCCACAAAAUGCCAAGCGGGGGCUGUAGACACACAGUGAACAAGGGAGAUGGGCCAGUCCUCCUGGAGGCUUCAAGUUCAGUGCAAAUGAGCCGAGGCAUUAAAGUUAGUGCUUGGCAGGGGAUAUAGACCCAUUUACAGAGUAAUGUUAGGUGUGCUGACAGGAGGAAACCUAAUUCACACCAGGGGGCCAGUGAGGACUUCCUGGAGAGAAAACAGGUAGCUGGAAAAGGAGCUGGAGAGAGGAGACAGGGAGCCUUUCUGGGCAGAAGGAACAGCAUGUGCGCAGUUUUUUUAAAAGGAGCCAAGGGUGACUUCUCCGAACUACUUGCUGGAGAAUUGUAGCUUCUAAUAAUCCUUGCUGAAAUAACUCCGUUUAUGGAAUACUCACUGUUUUGGGCUCUGUUUUACCUAUUUCACAUACAGCAUCUCUCUGAGUACCUCUGAUGCCUUGGAGGUAUCAGCCCAUUGUACAUACGAGGAAACUGAGGCUCAGUGAGCUCACCUUCUCCAAGCUUACACACGUGUGUCUGUUGGGACCUUGGUCACUAAGGCAUCAAAGCCUGUGCUCUUUUCAGGGACUGCCCUGGGCCCAGUUUCCCCUUUGAACCCUGUUCAGAAAACCCUGAACUUGACUUUUAUUCUAGCUAAUUUGAAACAAUCCAGUUGAGUGCAUGUUUUCUUUAUUUGCCUCCUGAGCACGAGUUGGCUGAAGUGGGAUAAUGCUGAGAUGUUCUGCCUUGUGAAUUGCUUUUCACAGUAAGUCAGGAGAGAAUGAUUUGACACAUGUAUGUAUGUACCCAGCAAAGCCUUAAAUAAAAUUUUCUUUGCAAGGAAUAUCAGACACAUCUUAGCUUAAUUAAAGAUAGGUAGUGAGCUUCAACCAGCUCAGGCAGAAUCCAGGGGGGGCAGGGGGUGCCCUCAGGCGACUUCUCCGAGGGAAAGGCCAAGGGGGCGGGGCUGAACUUUAAAACGUCACCCGAUCUGUCAGCGAUGCUGGUGUUUACAGGGCUGUUCCUAGGUGACAAGGCUCACUGCAUCAGCACCGACUAAGCCGGUCCAGGAAAGCACCUUUCAGCAACCUUUCAAGGCAAGAGCAGAACUGACUCAGGCCGCGUGGCCUUCUGAAGCCCAAGCAGAGGGCACAGGGGCCGUGCUGAGGACACUGGAAGGACACCAGCGUCUCUACAGCAAAAUGCUUGGCUAGGUGGAAAUGGCCUGUGGUGCCCUUCAGCCUGAGGCUCAUCGGAUGACAGGCACCUCACUUCGGGGAGGCUGACACUGCUGAGUAAGCCUCGCACCCUGGCUGGAGGCCUGGACCAGUGACGGGAUGUAAGGUGAUCAGCGGGGGCGGCCUGCUUCUGUGACGCCAGGACAGAGCAGCUGGCAGGGGCUGUCCCGUGAGGGCCCAUCGCCGCUGGUGGACAGAGACAAGAGCCAGAACACGGAAUGUUCCAGAAUCCGGAGGAGGGGGAAUCCAUGUAUCCCAACUCCCCGCAGGACGUGGCAACCCCGGGGCCGUCACAACUUCAAAGGCAGGAUGGCGGGAGGGGACACUCAAGGGAGAAAAACCUCAGGGUUAUGGAGAAGGAGGACUCGCAGGAGGAGCUUCUCCGUGAGGGUCUCGUGGCACAGAGUCCUGGUUGAGGUUGACACGGAUCUGCAGAAACGGAAGCCGGAAGCCGGCUGCCUGACAUCGCCACUCAGCAAGGACCUGAACCUGGAGUCUGAUCGAUGCAUGAAGUCCAAGCCAGCAUCUGCGGAAACGUCAGCUCGACUGCCCAGUCAACCUGCGUCAGAUAAAAAGCGUGCUGUGAUUCCAUCUUUUGCUUCUACCAAGUGGGUGAAAAGCUAAGCACCACCGGAUACCCUUCCCUCCAAGCUUCCGGAAAUUAAAUCUGAGCCUGAAAUGACCAACGAUUGCCACUGGGAGGCCCCAGUGAUCUGUAAAAUGAACUCUCCCAUCUGAAUAAGCAAGUGAAAAGACAUGAUUUGAACAAAUGAAUUGAAUUAUGAAAGAUUAUAUGCAAAUGCAUCAAAGGCAGUACAGGGUAAACACACAGAGUAUAUAAUGUGAUACAAACGUGCUGCCAACCUCGUUCUCGUUAAUUGGGGAGGGGGGGAAAUUCGGUCCCUGCUUCAGAAUGCACACAGAAAGAAACGCUCCAAGAAAAGGGACAAUAAGGGCUGGUUUCCUGUUCUUUGAACACUGUGCAGGUGUUCCCAGCUGCAUAGGUGUGUGUGCACAUGCACACAUUUGUGUCUGUGUCAGGGAAGCGUGUAAGAGAAUGGAGGAAAUAUCUGGCCAUGUUUUCCUUUCUUGUUCUCAGACUGGAGCAGGGGGGUCAGAAUCCCCUGGAGAGCUUGUUAAACACAACCAGCUUUGCCCCCAAUCCAGAGCUUCCGAUUCAGCAGAUCCGGAGCGGGGCCUGGGCAUUUGCAUUUCUAACGGGUUCCCCGGCGAUGCUGAUGCUCCUGGUUCUGGGGAACACUCUUUGAGAACCUCUGCUGUUGUCGCCCAUUACCCUCCAGCCUGUUGUUCAGUGGAGACUCGGGCCUUUGGUACAUGAAGAAGAUGCUCCCUUCUCAUCGUUCCACUGUAUCCUCUCUUCUCUAGCUGAUGCUUCAUAUUUUAAAAUGCACCCUCUUCCCUGAGGGAACACUCUUUCCCACGGGCCGUUCCCUGAACGCCCUGGCUAGCUCCCUCUGGGCUCCGUCUUUCCUAGGCUGUUGGGAAGACACCUUUAUUCAGCAAGGCAUGAUACAGGCUCACCUUUUUGCUUGUCCUUAAUGCUCUUUUAUGUUGAUGCACCGUUUAUGUUCAUUGUGCGUCUAAGCAUGGUUAUAAAUAGUUUGUGAAGAGGGAGUAAGAAAAAUGGUAUGGAGAUUAUUUCACAGUCAAAGACUAAAGGGAUAGUUCUUCAAACUCUAGCUUGGGGACUCUGAAUAUAAAAUGCUUGUAAGCUAUUAAGGAACAGACAGUGACAAUGUUUAAUUUUAUUGGUACAGUGUGUAAUAAUAGCUCCAUAUUUAAAGGAGCUCUUAAUUUAAAAAAAUGUGUGGGUGUUCCUGGUACCAGAGCUUUGACUCUCAACCUUAUAUUAUCUUUAGAGGGAAAGUUCUGAUAAGCAGGGAAUGACCGCAUUUGGGGUGGGGUUUGUAGUGAUGAAGACUAUUUGUCACCCCUGGGGUGGGGGAGUUCUUGGUUUCAUCGCUAUGUACAUGGAUCUGGGCAAACACCCCCUUGGUUACCCACCUUCACCACCUGCCCAAUAAGCUAGAAGAUGUUGGCACUGGUGAGGUUUUUUUUUUUUUUUUAACCACAAUGAAUUAUUCUGGCAGUGGGGUAUAGCAUUUUCCCCCCUAUUUUCAAAUUUGUGAUGAAUUAGAGCCGUAGUCUUCCAUGAAAUUGACGUAGUUAUAGCUCUAGAUGAUUUCCAUGAAAUAAUUUGAAAAACUGGACUUCCUCAUUCUCAUUGUAAAAACUAAUUUCGAAAAAGCAACUGGAGUUCCCUGGUGGCUCAGUGGGUUAAGGUGCUGGCAUUGUCGCUUCUGUGGUGUGGGUUCGACCCCUGGCCCAGGGACUUCUGGAUGCCAUGGGCAUGGCUUAAGAUGAAUGUGGGACGAGUAUGGGAUGAAUCCUGCCCGGGUUAUCCUGCUUUGACCUUUACUGUGCUCUUCAUGGCUUGUGAGUUACCGAAUCACUUAUGAAUUCUGAGUUUUCUCACUGCAUGUAACUGCUAAACAGAGAAUUUUCCACGUGAAAGCCUCUGACUGCAUUGAAACCGAACUCAGAUAUAUCCUAGGAUAUAUUUUCCCCGGAGCUCAGUCAAUACAGAUUAAUUAAUUGUUUGGGGAGGAAAGAAAGCAUACUGCCUGACCUUAGCACUGGAGUAGGAACUGAUUAAUCAAUAGAAGUUGGAAUAUUACCGUGUUCAACACGAAGUAUGUCCAUUGCUCAAUGAGCCUGCACACCACCGUUUUCCAAGAACUCAAGAAGUUCAGCCUCCUAGAACCAGGACUUGGCUUUUUCACAAAGCCUUGGGCACAUCUUUUCUAGAAAGGGAGUCUCAGCAGGGGGUGAAAUGGGUCAAGACAAAUUGGGGGGAAGAGUGACUGCAUGGGCCCCAGUGGAGGGAGCUCUCCCAGGUUCUCAGUGUUUUGUUUUGUUUUUAAUUUUUAUUUCCACGUUUUGCAUCAGUACAUUGAUCAAGGGGGAAAAAAAAUCUGACAAUGAUGCCUAACACCACAGGAAGUAACAGUACAUAAAAAGAUAUGCCAUGUGUAAAGACUCUGUGAGAUGUCUCUGUAUUAGUUCUUAUGCCUGUGUGGGAAUCCACAGUUAGAGCUAAAAUACAUUUUCUAGAAACAGA